AUGUCCCCUGCGCAUAGUCCGGUCACUUUCCCCAGAUCUCAGCGGCAGAACACCGGAUUCCAAGGCGUGGGCUUACGUCUUCUGAGCUGUCUGAUACAUCUACUUGGCGUCUCGAUUUUAUCCUUCCUGUUUUCAAGACGGUUUAGGAUACGAGAUUUCAGAUCUAUUCGGCAGCUUGCUUGCUUAGGACCCUCUAGAUAUCUCGUUGUACUGAUCCUCCUUACUUCAUGGACUUUCCUGUUCGCUGCUGGUCUUCUCAUUCAGGGCGCAGGGCUGGGUUUGAAUUACACUGUGUGCUCUAUGGCUGUUAUAAACUGCAUCGUCUUCUAUGCAUCAUCCAAAGUCUUGAUUUAUUUUUUCCUUAUUGAAAAGAUACAUGUCGUAUGGAGUCCGGCACAUCAUUCAAAACGCAUACAUUCUCCCCUUUACGUUGUAUGCUUUUUCAUCGUAGUGCUAUAUGGGGUUGUUGGCACAGUAUUGAUCAUCCAAAGAAUUUCAUACUUCCGCGAUGACGGUGCCUGCGUAAUUGGCCUCAAGCGUCCUGCUUCAAUCACUUUGCUCAUAUACGAUCUGUGCAUUAAUAUUCUAUUCACGUCCCUUUUUUUAUGGCCGUUGUACAAAUCGACUUUCCGUAGCGUCCGCAUACGCCGAGCCGCUGUGCGGACAGUAUGGGCUGCUGGCGUUGCACUGUCCACAUCUUGCAUCAAUAUCCUUGCGCUUACAUUGAUGAAAGGACAGCAGCUUGGAUGGGUCUGUUUAGGCUGUUGUGGGGUUGAUGUCGUGAUCAAUUCGAUUGCCAUUUUCUGGGUCACUUCCUACUCCGAGUCGCGAGGGCAGUCAAUAACAGUUCCCGAGCUAGCGAGCAUCGCCCAAUCACGCCCUGGGGAGGACGGCACCUUCAGGUCUAGUCUCCCGCAUCAUCGUUCGCUCGACACAGCAACGUUUCAAACGGAGCUGAGCUCGAAAGCAGACCUAUCGCUCAGCCGCAGUUCUAAUGCGGCGUUGACUUCUGCGGAAAGGCAAAUAUCUCAGCUCAACAAAAGCCAUCUGCCCUCAUCGGAGACGCGUUGCGCGGAGAAGGAAGAAAAUGUGUCCGAAAGCGAUGAGGCGCACGCCGCUCAGCAGAAGCAAUUCCGUAGCGUGAGGGCGUUUACAGUGCCUUCGAUGCUUCAUCGAGGGAGAAACGACCCAAGCCCGCUCGCGAUACAGGUCCACAUAAGUAAAGAAUACGACCUCUCACGAUAA